CGGCGGCGGCCCAAUCUGGAUAACGUAACGCUCUGUCGAGCCCGUUCCCUUGGCUUUUGGUAGUUGAGGCAGCCACUCCCAAGCCAGUCCAUGGCGGGUGCCCGCGUGGUCGCCGUGGCCACUCCGGCCGCGCCGCCCCGAGCCGCCGGUCCCAUGUCCAACUCGGCGCAGCGACGCAGCAGCCUCUUCCGCGUGAGCUGCCGGUAUCGCCCACGCGUGGCCACGAGGAGCGGCGCCGCCCGCGGUCGCGCGCGCCUCUCCAGCCGCGACCCCGCUGACGCCGAAACCGACGCGGGCGCGGGGCGAGUCCUCGAGGAUGACUCGAGCUACCUGUGGACAUUGGGGCUUGGAUCCGUUGGUGGCGCUGCGGUUAUAAAGUACGGAAGCAUCCUGCUCCCUGACAUCACAAGGCCAAACAUUGUGCUAGCUCUGCUGAUGGUGUCCCUGCCCGUCGUAGCUGCAGUCUUGAUUUUGCUCAAGGCGAGCUCGUCGGAGGACUGAUUCGAGGACUCCUUGUGGAAACUUGAGACAAUUUAAUAAAACUUCUUUAAGAUUUCCGGCA